AUGGCUCCUAUUUAUCAAAAGACUGUAAGAAAGCAGUAUGGGGGAUAUGAUUUUGUAUCUGCUAAAACAUUUAAGCAUUAUCAAGAAAAAGAUAUUCUGGCCCUUAAAGAAAUGCAAGAGACAGUUAUUUGGGAGACUGCCGAGGCUGUGAAUUACAAUGAAGAUAUGUUUGAGAUUGAGCAGCAAGACAUUGAAGUAUAUUUUGUGUUCAAAAAUUUGAAUAACAUCGACUGUAGAUUAGAUACAUCAACAAGAAACUUAUCUUUAUCUGAAUCUGAUAAUGUGUUUGGUGAUGAAGUAAAUACAUUCUAUGUCAGUGACAGCCUUGAGGAUGAAGAGCCUGAAGAUGAAAUGACUGAUAAUGAAAUGACCAAUGAUGAAAAUAAUUCUUUAAAAUCAAUCUCAGAAUUGAAUUUGAUUUACCAGUUUAUUAUUAUUUCUGUUGCCUUUUUUGUGACUUUGUAUGUUGUAGAUGAAGAAGCUGUAAUCUUGAUUGCUAUAGUUAACAAAAUUCUUCAAUUUUUAUUUGAUCUAUUCUGCCUUCCUGUGAAUAUUCCUGGGCUCAAAAGAUUGGCAGGAUUUAAUGUUUUGACAAAUGGAAUCAAAAAGUAUAUUGCCUACAGUAAAUGCCACACCAUUUAUGAAAAUAACAAUACUUCUCCAAUUUGUUGUACAUUGCCUAUGUUUGGAAAAUGUUCUCUGUGUAAUAACAGCCUAUUCAAGACUGGAUCUGGGUCAAGGGUACCAAAAAAGACAUUUGUAUUCCACUUGGUCAAAAAAGCAUUGAAGACGUUCUUUCAGUGA